AGUGCAGUGCAGUGAUCUGUGUUGUGUUACUGUGUAUACCGGUUUGAGCUGAACCCUUUUAAAUUAGGGUACCGCAGCGAAAAUGCCACAACAAAAACGAAUUUGCGGGAUCAGCCUGGGUUCUGUAGGAAUUCUGACUGUAUUAUUCUAUCUUAUCGACCGAUCAUUAGCUUCGUUAGACGGAUACAUACCCGGGGAAGACUACCCGGUUUUCACUGAGGUGCCCAAAGGAUUAUCGUUUACUUGUGACGACAAGAUUCCCGGAUACUAUGCUGAUCCUGAAACUAUGUGUCAAGUGUGGCAUUGGUGCGUGCCCAGCAUUGGUGGGAACCUCAUGUACUCGUUCGUGUGCGGCCCCGGGACUGUUUUCAACCAGAGGACCAGGGUCUGCGACUGGUUCUUCAAGGUGGAUUGUCCAAACGCGCCAGCUUACUACGGGAUCAACGAAGAUCUGUACAAGGAUGAAGCCGGAAACUUUAUAAACGGGAAAAAGGGCAAUUCGUACAGCAACGAGUAUGACCGACGUCGACUGACGGCCCGACGGAAAAGACAUGAGCAUGCCCGACAGUCUAGAAUGACGGACACUCACGAUAUUCAAGCUAGGAGUAACAGAACCCAGAGACAUACAAAAUCCAGCUAGAUUUUGACAACUUGACUGACGUUCUUUGACAAAGCAAAAUUGAUUAUCUGUCAGACUGACCAUAUUAAAAAGGCGUGAUGAUGAAGUCAAAAAAUAGUGAUUCCAAUUCAAUUAGUCGGUAUUUUAGGUUAGCGAAAAAUAUUGGACAUGUAUUUUUAUUUCACUAAAACAUUAAGGGCCUUACUACAAAAACUUUAAACCCUGUUUUACGCUUGUCUAAAAAAAUGACAGAUGUGACGUUGAAAUAAGGUUCAUUUUGAAGCCACACUUUUUUUAGACAGGUGUUCGACACAUGUUUAAGUUUUUGUAGUAAGACAUAUAUUUACUAUAGUCUGUUUUUUAAUCUCGUAGACUAAAUUGACACUUGCAAAAUGUCAAACUUUCUAAUAAUUUUGCUAGCUCUGUGGUGCAGUGUUGUACUUACGAUGCCGGUUCGUUGAAUCGUAACUUUUUACAAUAAGUCAUCCUGAAAUAAUGGGCUUAUCCUUGAUGAUUACGCAUGGCUUUGCGUGGUCAGAUAUCCCUGGCAGUUUGUAGCACGUCGUACAGCCAUGUGUACGUACGUGAAUUUUAAAUAUAAAACUUUGAAUGAAUAUUAAAUUCGUCUAUUAUAGAUAAAAAGUUACGAUUCAACGAACCGGUAUCGUAAGUACAACACUGCACCACAGAGCUAGCAAAAUUAUUAGAAAGUUUGACAUUUUGCAAGUGUCAAUUUAGUCUACGAGAUUAAAAAACAGACUAUAAGAUAUAACACAACAAAGAUUGAGAGUGACUGGUGACGUCACGUCUGUGUAAAAUUUUGUACUUAAAAGUGACGUAACACAAAAUAAAAUCGUGUUGUAUCUUCGUUGUUAUUUGUUUGUAAAAGAAAAGAAAAAAUACGUGUCCAUUAUUUUAAGGUUAUCUAAACGACAGACCAAUUAGUUUAUUUCGUUCAUCAUGCCCAGUUUUUACUUAUUUUUUUACUUACAUUGGCCCAUAUAUAGAUAUAUAGGUACCAAAUUGACAAAAUAUAAUCUCUUAAAAAACUAAGAGAUUUAUAAAUGACAGUUUUAUUGGCGCGAAAACUACUGACAUUAUUCUGUAGCUGUCAAUUUGACUUUGACAGAUAUAGAAUGACUUUUUUAUAUUUUAAAUUUGUAUAAAUUGGUUUUAGAUUUAUAACUCUGACAUAAGAAGUCUAUUGAAAUUCUUAAAAAAUAGAAAAAGAACAGAAUAGGUAUAUUACUGAUUAUACAAAAAACAAAAUAUGACUGACAAAAUAUAUACAGAUAAAAAUACUUUACGAACAGUGACUAACGAACAAGAUUUUUCGAUUGAAUAAAAUAUUAUAUAAGCAAUUGAGUAAAAAAAAACACAAAAAUAUAUGUUUACUUUUAAAAUAAUAAAAAAUCUGACAACGACUGACGAAACAUUAUUUUGAAAAUACUUUCGACAAAUUCUUCUUUAAACUGUUUUAGAUUUCAUCCAUUUUUUUUUAAUGAACAAACUUACAUAUAUAGUGUUUGUGUACAUACCACUUAAUUAAUAAUAAUUGUAAAAAAAUAAACAAAAUAUUAUUGGCACAAA